AUGUCAGCUUUACGUUGCCGUCCCUGGAGGGCAUUGGAGUCUCUCCAGCAUGUGACACCCUCAUCGCGAACAGGCAUCACCUCGCGCCAACUCCGCAACCAAAUGACCGCGCGCGCAAUCAGCUCCAGUGCACCCCGAGUCCAGAACAGCUCCAGCAACACCACUACAGCCGCCACACCCCAAUCAACCACUACUUCAACCUCGCAGCCUUCUUCCCAAGCUCCCCCUCCUCCUCGAUUCACCGCGCCAACCCCCAACAGACCCACAACGGAUAACAUCUCGAAAAGCGGACUCUCAGACAAACCCCUCGAGCUCGAGUCCGCACCAGAAGAGAAGAUAGACUGGACCCGCUCCUUCCACGGCCUAUCCGCCGAACCAUUCCCCAAAGAAGCAGCCGACAUCCUCCUCGCCGAGACAGACCCCGAAGAAGUCGAGAUCAAGCCCGAUGGAAUCCUCUACCUACCCGAAAUCAAGUACCGACGCAUUCUAAACCGCGCCUUUGGACCCGGUGGCUGGGGUCUUGUACCUCGGAGCGAGAGUAUCGUUACGCCUAGGGCAGUGACGAGAGAAUACGCUCUUGUCUGUAAUGGACGCCUCGUCUCCGUUGCUCGCGGCGAACAAGACUAUUUCUCACCUGAUGGUAUUCCCACCGCGACAGAGGGCUGUCGAUCCAAUGCCCUUGUGCGCUGCUGUAAGGAUCUCGGCAUCGCUAGCGAGCUCUGGGAUCCGCGGUGGAUCCGCAAGUACAAGGCGCAGCAUGUGCGGGAAGUUUUCGUUGAGCACAUUGUUAACAAGAAGAAGUCGAAGAUUUGGGUUAGGAAGGGUGAUCCUGUCUCGUAUCCUUGGAAGGAGUCUGGCAGAUAG